UGCGGUGCUGUCGAGCUGCUGGGGCAGGCAGGGAUGCAGCAGACAAGACUCGCUCUCGUGGCCUUGGCUGCCUGGGUGGCUCUUCAGCCCUCGGAAGCCAUACUUCCCAUUGCCUCCAGCUGCUGCACUGAGGUUUCACAUCAUAUUUCCAGAAGGCUUCUGGAAAGAGUGACUACAUGUAGCAUUCAGAGAGCUGACGGGGAUUGUGACUUGGCUGCUGUCAUCCUUCACGUCAAGCGCAGAAGACUCUGUGUCAGCUUGCACAAUCACGUUAUUAAGCAGUGGAUGAAAGAACAGGCAGCCAAGAAAGAUGCUAAAGGCAACAUUUGCCAUAAGAAGAAACACCACAGCAGGAGGAACAAUAAAGGGGCACAUCAAGGGAGGCAUCAAACACAUGGCCAUAAAACUCCUUAUUAGAGAGAGUACAGAUGAAGCUACACAGAUGAGUCCUGAGUGAACUUGGCCACGUCUGGCUAUAAAUAUAUCAUGUGAAUGUUCCAACAGGGAACAGGGCAAAGCAAAAGAUAUUUUUUUAAAGGAACAAUUAUACAGACGCAAAUGUAGCCAAUAAUAUACUCAACUGAAAAAUGAAGAGAGAAUCCUUAUCUUCACAUAAUAUUUUAAGCGCAGCAUACAAAUUGAAUUUCUCCAACCUUUUUAUUAUGAUGUUUUCCAAACCUACAGAGAAGUGGAAAGAAUGGUACCGCGAACAUCUGUAUGCCUUUACCUAGAUUAAUCCUUGGUAAUAUUCUGUCACAUUUGUUUUGUUCUCUCUCCUCUCUCCUCGUACAUGCAUAUAUAAAACAUUAUAUACAUAAAGAUAUAAUUUUUUUGGCUGAACCGUUAACCAUUUGAAAAUAAGUUACAAACAUCAUGACACUUCAUUCCUAAACUUUUUUUAGUGUUACAACUUGGCAUCCCUCAAGAAUAAAGACAUUCUCUAU